GGUCGAUCUGUGGAGCGCACACGUGCCCACGUGUGUGUGUUUGUGUCUUGAAGUUUGCGAAUAAAGAGCAGUUUGCAACUUGUUCCCUUCACAAGCGCCAUCAUGACGUCUUUGGCUCAUCAGCUGAAGAAACUUGCGCUCCCUCAGAAUGACCGUUCUCUGUUCAGUCGCCACGAGGUCUCCUCGCUGCUCUUCGAUCCCAAAGAUGCUGCCGCAAUGGACAGGAGCACCUUCUACGCCCUUGGUUGCACAGGGCUGGAGGAGCUGCUGGGAAUCGAAUCAGCCUUCCUGGAGUUCCAGAACACGCUGUUCAGUCGGGCCUCUCUCACUCUGGAGCGCAGCGUUCAGUCCAAAGAGGUCAACGAGAAGCUGGAUGCGGACAUCUCGCUCUUCCUCACCCGCCUCACCCCGUACUUCCUCCUGAAACCAGCUCACAAGUGCUUGGAGUGGCUGGUCCACCGCUUCCACAUCCACCUGUAUAACGUGGACAGCCUGCUGGCCUGCGUGCUGCCGUACCACAACACCAACGUGUUCGUCAGGGUGGUCCAGCUCCUGAAGAUCCAAGACCCCACCAGCCGCUGGAACUGGCUGCAGUGCCUGCAGAAACCCGGCGUGCCGCUGUCCAAAGGAACUCUGAUCACACACUGCUACACUGACCUGAGCUUCAUGGACUUCGUCUGUACCUUAGUGACCAAAUCCAUCCAGGCGUAUUCAGGACACUCUGAAAGCUUCUCCCAGCUCCAAGUCGUCUUCUCCUUCUACGCCUCCACCAUCGUCCCCGCGCUGGACGCCGUGGACAAAGUGUCGAACACCAUCAUCUCCAAACUGUUGCCGUACGUCCAGAAGGGUCUGAAGUCGUCGCUGUCGGAUUACAAAGCCGCCACCUACAUGAUCGUGUGCCAGCUGGCGGUGAAGGUGGUGAUGGAGGCGAGUCUGGUGGACAGUCUCGCCGUGCACCUCAGCAAGUCUCUGCUCAAAGAGCCCGUCCUGGCCAAGGAAGGUCUGGGCUGCCUGAUCGUGCUGCUGCAGAACCAGAAGGAGGGCGCCGCUGGAUCCCGAGCUUUCGCCCGCCUGAGCUCGAUGCCGAUGCUCGUCCCCACGCUGCAGGCGAUGGCGGCGCUUCACGACGUCAGUCCUCUGCUGCGCUACCUGCUGCCGCACCUGAUCCGCAGCGUGUUCCGGGAGGACUCAGGCGAGUCGGAGAACGACGAGCUCAGUGUGUUGGAGUCCAUCGUGAAGUCCGUCCCUCUGACCCGAGACCUGGACCGGACCGUGGCCCGGCUGCUGCUGGACGAGUAUCUGAGUCAGACGGAUGAAGACGUGUCGGCAUUGGACCAGCGCCUGCUGCCAUUGGUCCACUUGUUGGAGUCCAGGUGCUGCGGCGCUCUGGACCACGUCCUCGCCGGCCACGUGGGCGACGUCGGCAGCGAGCAGCGGAAGCGUCUGUUCCACCGCUUCCUGUCCCUGUCCGUGAGCAGCGGGAAGCACCAGAUCUUAGGCGACUCGGAUACGUCGCUGCUGCUCAGCCUGAAACACCCGCAGCCGGCGGUGCGGCUCUCCGCCGUGGAGCAUCUGAUGAGCGCCGUGACGUCCGCACAGCAGAGUUUGGAUGAAACCUUCCUGAAAGACGCCGUGACGGAGCGUCUGAGUGACGACGUGCCGGAGGUCGUCGCUGCUGCCCUCAAAGUGCUGGAGGCUCUGCUGGAUGUUUUGGAUCACGAACACACCGUGAUGUGUUUACUGACCCUGGUGAACAAGGCGGACUCGCUGGCGUCUGAGCGCUGGCUGCCCGUGCUCACCGAGGCGGUGCGUUUACUGUCCGACCCCCGGCUUGGAAAAGGUGGCGAGCAGGAGCAGAGGACGGGCUGGAGCCUGCUGCCCCUCCUGGUGCUGACCUCGAGCCGGGCGGACGUCGCCCGCUGCGUCGCCCGGUCCGCCUUCAUCGCCCGACACCCGCUCACCCUGAGCUGGGCCGAAGAGCUCGACGAGGUGAUCCUGAGGAGCUCCGAGCCCGACUUCGUUCGUGUGGCCAACGAACGCCUCGUCGCCACAGUAACCAGGAACCUGAGCACCAUGGAGCACUUCUGCAGACGGGACGCCCUGGACAGACUCACCCUGCUGGUGGAGCAGCAGGGUGGCGCCGGCCUCCGGUCCCGAGCCUCCUUCCUGCUGCUGAGCCGCGUCCUGCUGCUCGGGAUGAGCGAGCUGAGCGAGACGCAGCACCUGCUCACGGCGCAGAGAGUGAUCUCUGUGCUGGAGCGCCCCCUGCUGGAGCUCAGCAAGACCGGAGGAGGAGCACAGGACGCUGUAGGCUCCGCCUCCUUCUCCGAGGCUCUGACGCUCUACCUGCGCCGAUGUGAGCAGCAGCCGGGCGGGAGCUCUGACUCGGAGUACCUCCUGGUCCUGACCUGUCUGCUCAGAGACUUCAUCUCCUCCCUCAAGUGUCACGACGCCUCCUUCAAAGGUGAGGUGUGGUGGAACCCUGAGAGUUUGGACGCCAACACCUGCUGUUACCUCGGUCUGAUGUGUCGCGUCUUCGGCCUCCUCGUCAGCGUCGGUGCCGACGGAGCGACGGCCGGCGGCUUCAGGGAGCUGCUGAAGCUACUGGUCAAGGUCCAGCUCGGUGAGCGCCUGCACCUCUUCAGGUUCCUGUGCCUGCUGUGGGGUUACCGCGGUAACCAUGGAGACCAGCUGGAUGUGAAGGUGGGCGUGGUCCUGCAAACCCAGGCGCUGUACGUCGGGCGGGCGCUGCUGGGCGUCCAGUCCGACGCCGCGCUGGUCCAGCUGUCCGACGCCGAGUCUCCAGUGGUCCCGUCCUUGCUGUGCUGUCUCAGCUCCCCGGUCCGUGAGGUCCGGAGGGCGGGGCUUAGUGCCCUGCAGAGCCUAUCAGGAGCCAGCGGCUCUCCCUUCCAGCCAAUCACAGAGCGGCUCCUGAAGACUUCGGAAGAGAUCGAGGCGGACGCGUCGUACCUGAGCACGGCUCUGGGCGUGCUGCAUGAGGAGUGUGUGUCGGGGAAGAAGAAGAAGCUGCAGGCGGCCAUGGAGCAGCUGCUGCGCUGCGUUCAGGCGCCCUGCUGCCCGUCGUACAGCGCCGCCGCCCUGCUGGCCACGCUGAGCCGGGUGAACGGACAGUCUGUCCUCGCCGCCCUGCUUCCUGUCCUGGACCGGCUGCUGGAGCAGAGCGGCCCCGACACGCCGGCGCUGCUGCGCGGCGAGGCCGAGCUCGCGCAGCUCGUCCUGGGGAAGUUCAACGAGGAGUCGGCGCCCCUGCUGGCCCAGGACCAGAAGUGCCUGGACCUGUUCGUCAGGGCGCUGAAGGCGUCGACCCAGCAGCACCCGGACGUCCACAGCUGUCAGGUCGUCGCUCUGGAGCAGAUCACCAAGCCGUUCUUCUCGGCCAUCGCAGACGAGCAGGUUCAGCAGAAGCUGCUGUCGGUCGUCUUCGACCUGCUGGUGGAGAGCCGGAGUCCUCUGGUGGCCAACACCAUCAGCAGCGUCUUCAAACGGAUCUCCGUGGACGGUCAGCUGGUGGCCAACGAGCUGGCUCCUCCAGACAGGCCCAAAGUCAGCGCCACGGUGCAGCAGACCCGCAGGAGCAAGAUGUCUCUGAGGAAGCCUCAGGAGGGCGACGGCGCCGGUCCAGGAGAGGGCGCCGUCUCCUGGCAGAGGGUCACUCUGAUCCUGGAGCUGCUGCAGUUCAAGAAGAAGCUGAGGAGAGCUCAGACGCUGGUGCCCGUCCUGUUCUCGCUCCUGGCCAGGAGUCAGGAGCCGUGCUCUGAAGACCACACCAACAUGGAGUACACCAAGCAGCUGCUCCUCAGCUGCCUGCUCAACAUCUGCAACAGGCUGGUGGCGGAGGGCGGAGCCAAGGCUGCAGAGCUCCUGGAGGAGGAGCAGUUCAGCGUGGAGCUGGUGGUUCAGUGCGUUCGAGCCUCCGACGUGCCGCAGACGCACCACCACGCCCUGCUGCUGCUGGGCGCCGUCGCCGCCAUCUUCCCCGAGAAGGUGCUCCACAACAUCAUGCCCAUCUUCACCUUCAUGGGCGCCAACGUGCUGCGUCUGGACGACGUGUACAGCUUCCGAGUCAUCGAGAACACGCUGCGCGCCGUCAUACCUGCUCUCAUCCAGGCCCACCGGCGCCCUGACGGCAGCUCUCCGACUCACCUGGUUGCCGUGGUGACGAGGAUCAUGCACGUGUUCGUGGACGCUCUGCCUCACGUGCCCGCCCAUCGCCGCCUGCCCGUCCUGUCAGAGCUGGUGACUACCCUCGGCCCCGCCCACUUCCUGUGGGUCCUGAUGCUCCUCCUGUUCAAGCAGCACGCCGCACUGAGCUCCGGCUCCACCUCUGACAAGGAUGCAGCCCUGCAGACGGACGUGGAGUUCUGGAUCUCUCUUAGCGUUCACUUCCUGGUCACUGAUCAGCUGACCUCCUUGAUCGAAAUGAUGAACUUCCUGCUGCAGCUUCCUGACGACAAAGACGACACUCAGGCGAAGCGCCCGGCGCGCCGGCGAGGAGCCCAGAAGCAGCAGCAGCAGGAGGAGGAGGCGCCGGUGGAGGAGCUGAUCUUCAACGUGGAAGCUCACAGCAGCAAGGAGCUGCGGCACCUCAAGUUCCUCUGCAUCUCCUUCAUAGCCGAGCUGCUCGCCUCCUCCAGCUUCAUCGCCAAGGUGGCGGACGGUGACGACGACGCAUCUCUGCAGCCGCUGCAGCAGAAGCUCCUGGAGGAGGUGCUGAGGUACAUCCAGAGUGUCGCCCGCUGUGUGGAGACCAACGCCGACAAGCCGACCGCCAAGUUCUGGAGAGUUCUGCUCAACAAGUGCUACGACGUGCUCGACAAGGUGAACGCCCUCCUGCCGGCAGACUCCUUCCUGGCGGUGAUGAGGGGGCUGAUGGGUAACGAGCUGCCGUCCGUGCGGAGGAAGGCCAUGGAGCUGCUGAACAACAAGCUGCAGCAGAAGACGCUGUGGGAGGAGGCUCAGGUCGCGGUGCUCCUCCAGCUGACCGGCGACCUGCUGAGCAUCGUGGGUAAAAGCCACGCGGAGGGUGCGGAGCAGGCCGUCAACCGGCAGACGGCGCUCUACAGCCUGAAGCUGCUGUGCCGCAGCUUCGGCGGCCGCCACCAGGAGGCGUUCGUGCCGGUGCUGCUGCGCGCGGUGGAGGUGGUGACGGCGGGCGAGGAGGAGAAGAACGUGACGGGCAGCGCUCUGCUGUGCGUCGCCGAGGUGGUGAGCACGCUGAGGGCGCUCGCCAUCCCGCAGCUGCCCAGGUUGAUGCCGGCCGUGCUGCAGGCGCUCUCCCAGAGGAAGGAGCUGCUGAGCAACGAGAUCUACCUGCUGAGCGCCGUCACCGCCCUGCAGCGCGUCGCCGAGACGCUGCCACACUUCAUCAGCCCCUACCUGCAGGACACCACCGCACAGGUGUGUCACCUCACUCGGCUGUUGGAGACCUCCUCUUCCUCUUCCUCCUCCUCCUCCUCCUCCUCCUCCCAGCUCUCCCUCCGCCUGGCCUCCCUCCGGAGCACCCUGGCCACCAGGCUGCCCCCCCGGGUCCUGCUGCCCACCCUGAGCCGCUGCUACAGCAGCAUGGUGCUGGACAGGAAGGGCCAGCUGGGGGCGCUCAUGAGCAUCCUGAAGGAGCACAUCAACCACAUGGACAAGGAGCAGCUCAGCUUCCACCAAUCAGAGCUCACCGCCUUCUUCCUGACGGCGCUGGACUUCAGAGCCCAGCACUGUCAGGGAGAUCUGGAGAAAACUUCGCAGGUCGAAGGCAGCGUGAUCGACGCUCUGGUUGCCAUGGUGAUGAAACUGUCCGAGGUGACGUUCAGGCCGCUUUUCUUCAAGCUGUGUGACUGGAGCAAGUCGAGCAGCAGCGAGCGUCUGCUGACCUUCUUCCGCCUCUGCGAUCGCAUCGCCGAGCGGCUGAAGGGACUCUUCGUGCUGUUCGCCGGAAACCUGGUCAAGCCGUUCUCAGAGCUGCUGCGGCGCUCUGACUCCGCCCACACAGCAGAUGAUCCCCUCUUCACGUCGGACAGCGGCGAGCGGAAGACCUGCCUGCUGCUGCGCUACGUCCUGGACUGCCUGCACAAGCUCUUCCUCUACGACACCCAGCGCUUCCUGAGCGCCGAGCGAGGCCACGCCCUCCUCGAGCCGCUGGUCCAGCAGCUGGAGAACAUGGUCGGAGGGGAGCAGGAGUACCAGCAGAGGGUGACGCAGCACCUGUUGCCCUGCGUGGGGCAGUUCUCGGUGGCGCUCGCCGACGACUCGCAGUGCAAAACCCUGAACUAUCAGAUCCUGCUGAAGACCAGACACCCGGACUCCAAGGUGCGUUUCUCCUCCCUGCUCAUGCUGAUGGAGGUGGCGUCCAAACUGAAGGAGAACUACAUGGUGCUGCUUCCAGAAACCAUCCCCUUCCUGGCCGAGCUCAUGGAGGAUGAGUGCGAGGAGGUGGAGCAGCAGGUCCAGAAGGUGGUGCAGGAGAUGGAGAACAUCCUGGGAGAGCCGCUGCAGAGUUACUUCUAACACACACACCACACACACACCACACACACACCACACACACACACACACACACACACACACACACACACACACACACACACACACACUAUAUCUCGAUUAUGUGACCUGUUUGUUGUUUGAAGAAUAAAUAAAUAAACUCAGAUUUUUUUUUGUUUUUUCCUCUGACCUUAUUUGAAUAAAGUUUCAGCUGAAGUUCU